CGAGCGCGGGGACUGUAGGAGCCGAGGAGCCAGAGGUCAGAGCGGCUGCAGCUGGAGCUAGCGGAUGAAACAAAGGCGACGAUAGAGCCAGUUUUGAGUAUGUGGAUUUUUGAAUGAAACCUGGAACCCAAAUGAGAAGAAACCUUCAAGGAACAACUUCUAUUGAUAAUGAKUCUGCAAAAUCAUCUGUGUGCAUACAUAUGGAGUGUUCUCAUUUCAGAUUUARCUGAAUGAAUGGUUCAUUCAUGAGGAGUGACUACCUGUUAUAGGCCCUGGGUCAGGAGAGCAAUUUUGUACCUUCCUGCUGGUUCAGAAACAAGUCUCUGUAGAACCAGAAGCAAAGAAAAGGAAACAAUCUGACUUUUUUCUUACACUGACUAUAUAUAAGAUACUUGACUUCCAAGAACAAAGGCAGUGAAAUACAAUUUUUGUUUUGAUUGAAUAUUCAUCACAUUGAGGAUCAUACUUUGUGGAGCUUCCUGAAGUGAGAUUUGGAACCUUCAUUGGUGCUCAUUUAUACCUUGGACUGUAAGCAUGAGUGAAUUCUGGUUGUGUUUCAACUGCUGUAUUGCAGAACAGCCUCAGCCUAAAAGACGACGACGGAUUGACCGAAGCAUGAUUGGAGAGCCAACCAACUUCGUACACACUGCUCAUGUAGGAUCAGGAGACCUGUUCAGUGGGAUGAAUUCAGUUAGCUCCAUUCAGAACCAGAUGCAGUCCAAGGGAGGGUACGGAGGUGGUAUGUCUGCCAAUGUGCAGAUGCAGCUUGUGGACACGAAGGCGGGAUAGCCCUGGGUCCUUCCCCAGUCAUUGUGAAUUUCUAUAUUUUUCUGUCUACUAUAAUUUUUUUUGUCUUGUGAUUGCAUUUAUUUUAUUUUUAAUUACAAAAAAGAAGUGCGAUGGCAUCUUAUUCACCCUCUGUGAUUACUCCAGUGAGAUGUUGCUGUUCUGCUCUGAAGAAGAUACUGUCAAGCGGAUCCCGCCUUUUCUCCGCUGGCGUGCAUGCCUUUGGACUCGUGGACUGAGUUCUUUGGAUUGUAGCUGAAUUUUCAACGUUUAAUCAAUGUGGAUCUGAUCUUAGCAUGAUUUUUAUUUGUUUUCGUGAAUGCUAGCACCAUUUUGUAAUUUUUUUCCAUUGUAGACAUUUUCUUUCCACCUCCAACCCCCUCUGCCUUAUGAUUUCACUGGUAAACAAAGAUCUGCUAUUGCUAACUUGUCA